UAUGGGUAAGUAAUAUGCAAGAGAGCCAGCUGUUGCUAAGAAAUCAUGUAAAGCUAAGGCUAGUGAUUUAAGAACACAUUUUAAAAAUACUUAUGAAGUGGCAAGAGCCAUUAAAGGAUAAACACUUGCAUAAGCAUUAAAAUAUUUAUAAGAUGUAUUAUAACAUAAAAGAUGUGUUCCAUUCACUCGUUUUAAUGGUGGAGUAGGUAGAACAGCAUAAGCAAAAGAAUUCGGUAGAUCAUAAGGUAAAUUGAGCAUACUAAUCAUUAUUUAGGUAGAUGGCCAGAAAAGAGUGUAAGAAUUGUUUUAUCAUUAUUGUAAAAUUUGGCUGCAAAUGCUUAAGUUAAAAAUUUAAGUAAUGAAAAAUUGAUCAUAAAUCAUGUCUAAGUAAAUAGAGCAUAAAAGGGUAGACGUAGAACUUAUAGAGCACAUGGAAGAAUUAAUCGUAAAAAAUUAAAAUAUUGCAGCAUUUUUAUCAUCCAAUGCUCAUAUUGAAUUGUGGGCUGCAGAAAAAGAUGAAAAUGUUAAAAAGGAAACAAAUAAUCAAUAGGUGGCUCGUUAAUCAAGAAAAUAAGUGGCUAGAUCAAAAUUAUCUAUUGGUGCAUGAA